CUCGUACAUACCGUGUAGUUUGUGCACGCUCCUAUCACUAACUGACUUGCCGCAUAUGCACGUGUAGCUUUUGUCCAUUGGUUUUUAUAUCACACAUCCAAUUCAAGAUGGCGGAAGAACAGACAACCGAAGAAACUUACACUGAUUACCAGGAAGCUGAGGAGGAACUGGAAGAUGAAAACCUGAGAAAGUUAUUCCUGGGUGGUCUCAAGAGGUCAACGACCAAAGAAGAUCUGGAAGAACACUUUGGAAAACUCGGCACUGUCGUCCAUGCAGCUGUUGCCAUGGACCAGCAGCAGAACUCAAAAGGAUUUGCUUUUGUGACGAUGAAGACGAUAGAUGAGACAGACUCUGUUCUUCUUGCUCAGGAAGAAUCUCCCAUGGAUCUCCAGGGAAAGAAAAUAGAAGUUAGGCGAGCCAUUCCAAAAAAUAGCAAUGUUUCCAGUGAUGUAGUCAAGAAAGUAUUUGUUGCCGGCCUCAACAAAGGCGUCAUCACAGAAGAUGAUCUCAAAGAAUAUUUUAGCAAAAUCGGAACAGUCAAAAGUGUGUCCAUCGUGAUGGAUCAAGUCACUUCCAAAUCGAAGGGUUUCGGCUUCGUUGAGUUUGAGCACUUCUACAUGGUCGACAAGGCAGCAUUGAUGACAGACCACUAUAUUAACGACAUCAAGGUAGAUGUAAACAAAGCCCACGCUGAUAAGAACCAAGGCCAAAGGGGUGGACGAGGAGGAGGCUAUGGCAGAGGUGGAAGGGGCGGCGGAAGAGGUUUUGGACGAGGUGGGUACGGUGGAGGAGGUGGCAACGGUGGUUACGGUGGAGGAUACGGAGGGGGUGGAAGUUGGGGUAAUGGCUACCAGAAUGAUGGAGGCUACGGUGGCGGAUACGGUGGUAGUGGAUAUUACGAAGGUGGAGGUUCCAAUUUCGGACCAUCAAGAGGUGGUGGUUUUGGAAGUCGUGGGAGGGGAAGAGGUGGUUACAGACCGUACUAGGUCAUGUGAUCAGACUGGUACUGUAUUUGGUGAGCACCAGCGUACAUCAUAUUCAGUGAGUUUGACGGCCAUUCUACCUUGACAUGAAGAUUCUGAGCGCUGUUUUAUUUUGGUCUCCUCUCUCUCUCUAUUUCUUGGCCGUGUGAUAACAAGGAUGUGAAUAAUUCUGGGUGAUAGAUAGUGAGGUCGCAGGUUCUAGUCGAGAUUGGUAAAUUGUCCUAAACCUUGGUAGUUAUUCGACCCCCAUUUUAUAUCAACUAAUGUAUACUCAGGAAUUUGAUUCUGUAUCUGGGCCCAAUUUCAUAUGGCAGAAAAUAGUGCUUAACAACUCUUUGCUAAGCAGAAAUGAGCAGGGUGCCAGUCACAAAUGUUACAUAUGACACAGUCGUUUGGCUGGUAACCUUAUUCUGGAAAGCAUAAUUUUGCUUAGCAUCUUUUCGUGCUGGAGUAGCUUUUUGAUAUUGGGCCCUGGAGACUUCGGUCUAAUUUCAGAGAUCAGUAUAGAAACUAGCUAAUAGCAGAACAAAAUUGUGCUUGCAAGAAAGAGGUUUCCAGCUGAAGUACAAUUUCACUUGUAGCAUACUGGUAUACUUGUUGCUUAGCAGAAAGUUUGUAAGCUUUUUUUUUUGCUUAAGCAGCUCCAUGAAAUUGAACCUUAGUCAGCUCUUGGAAUUGUUUACUAAAAACAAAAUCUGCGUUUUUUAGUUCCUUGUGGAUACUUAAUGCAAAGAAAACAAAAUCCGUGGAGUUUUUCUCGCUUUCUGGAUACGAAUUAUGCUUUUCAUUAUCAGAGAUUUUACCAUUAGAAGGGACUUUUUACCAAACUUGCUCUGUCUUUUUGUAAACCCUGAAAAAAAACUGAGGUUAAUAUUUGUUUUCCUGCCCUUGAAAAAGAAAAAAAACACCAUUAAGUCAUUGAAAAAAAAAACUUUUUACAUUUAACAUGUACAGACAUAAUGGAUAAGGUUUGUGGUCACUGAUUGUUUCUAGGCCAUCAUUUUUAGUUUGUGAUGGUGUGUGUAGUGUAUAGUGGUUAAGCAGUUUUAAAACAGAGGAAAUAAUGGUUAGUGCCAUAGAGUUAUAUAUAAGAACUAGAGGGCGCACUGGCCUAUAUGCGCGGCCCGGCAUGCAUGCAUGAGGCCAUUUUCUAAGUUGACAAAACAGCAUCGCACAGUGUGUGUUUGUCCCGCCAUUUUGUAAGUUGACAAAACAGCA